AUGACACUCACGCCGAUGGCUUCGGUGAUGGCGGUGACUGAACCAAAGUGGGUCUCAGUCUGGGGCCGCUUCCUGUGGGCGAUGCUGCUGAGCAUGGUGCUGGGCUCCCUGCUGGCCCUGCUGCUGCCGCUGGGGACGGUGGAAGAACACUGUCUGACUGUGCUCAAGGGCUUCUACCUGCUUAGGAGCAAGCUGGAGCAGGCGCAGCCUGCCAUCACCAAGUGCACCAGGCCAUCCACGGAGCUCAGUCUCACCUCCAGGGGUGCGGUGCUGCUGGGGGUCAAGACCAAGGCCUCUCCAGCCGGCACGUUGGAGGCCAAAGCAGCUCUGAACCAGGCCCUGGAAAUGAAACGGCAGGGCAAGCGGCAGAAGGCCCACAAGCUCUUCCUGCACGCCCUCAAGAUGGACCCGGGCUUCGUGGAUGCCCUCAACGAGUUCGGCAUCUUCUCGGAGGAGGACAAGGACAUCAUCCAGGCGGACUACCUGUACACCCGCGCACUGACCAUCGCGCCCCACCAUGAGAAGGCGCUGGUCAACCGCGACCGCACGCUGCCGCUGGUGGAGGAGAUCGACCAGCGCUUCUUCAGCAUCAUUGACAGCAAAGUGAAGAAGGUCAUGUCCAUCCCCAAGGGCAACUCCGCGCUGCGCCGGGUGAUGGAGGAGACGUACUACCACCACAUCUACCACACGGUGGCCAUCGAGGGCAACACCCUCACCCUCUCGGAGAUCAGGCACAUCCUGGAGACGCGCUACGCAGUGCCGGGGAAGAGCCUGGAGGAGCAGAACGAGGUCAUCGGCAUGCACGCAGCCAUGACGUACGUCAACACGACGCUGCUGUCCCGCGUGGGCUCCGUCAGCAUCGGCGACGUGCUGGAGAUCCACCGGCGGGUGCUGGGCUACGUGGACCCCGUGGAGGCCGGCCGCUUCCGCACCACGCAGGUCCUGGUGGGCCACCACAUCCCGCCCCCACCACAGGAGGUAGAGAAGCAGAUGCAGGAGUUCAUCCAGUGGUUCAACUCGGAGGACGCCAUGAACCUGCACCCCGUGGAGUUUGCGGCCCUGGCCCACUACAAGCUCGUCUACAUCCACCCCUUCAUCGACGGCAACGGCAGGACCUCGCGCCUGCUCAUGAACCUCAUCCUCAUGCAGGCAGGCUACCCGCCCAUCACCAUCCGCAAGGAGCAGCGGUCCGAGUACUACCACGUGCUGGAGGUCGCCAACGAGGGCGACGUGAGGCCCUUCAUCCGCUUCGUCGCCAAGUGCACGGAGACCACCCUGGACACGCUGCUCUUCGCCACCACGGAGUACCCGGUGGCGCUGCCAGAGGCCAGACCUAACCACUCUGGGUUCAAGGAGACGCUGCCGGUGAAGCCCUAA